UAAAUAUUACAAUUCCACACAAUAUAUUACUCCCAACAAAUCACAAAGAUUUAAAAUUAAUUGUGUAUAAAAAAAAUGAAGAUUGUUAUAGCAACUCUGCUGAUUCUCACUCUUGUUGCCGCCACAUUUGUGGAUACUACAAUAGCAGGCUCUGAAUUUUGCAACUCGAAAUGCAGUGUGAGAUGCUCUAAAGCAGGAUUUAAUGAUAGAUGCUUGAAAUAUUGUGGAAUAUGCUGUGAGGAUUGCCAUUGUGUACCUUCCGGAACAUCUGGGAAUAAGGAUGAGUGCCCUUGCUACAGAGACAAGACGAAUUCCAAGGGAAAACCAAAGUGUCCUUGAAGCCUUGAAGGAAUAGAUUACAAUUUAUAUCUCUUCAUGCUUUCCAACUUCUUUCUAAUUUUUUACAACAAAAGGGUUAUAAAAGAUGUUAUUUGACAUAUUUUCCUUUUCAAUUCGAGGACUAAUCGACAUGAAACUGUAUGAUCUAAAGUUUUUAUAAUACUUACCUUAUGUAUGGGCUUGAUUUCUAAAUAAAAUGUCAUGUACGUUGUUGAAUACUUUUACUAA